UUGGCCGUGCUAAGCAGCGACACCGGCAGAACCUCGCAGUUCGCACCGCAGCUGGCAGCGCUCGCGCUCCUGCGCUGAAAACCCUCAGAAUACCCAAAAGCCCCCAGUAAACACAAGACAGGACCGAAGUCCAGUCGUAGCGAGGAUGACCGGUCGUCAAGCGGCGAAGGGAGUGUUGAGCGAGCCUCGACGCGAUGCGCAACGCGCCACCGGUAUGAGGACCCCGGACCCUCGACUCGACCUUGCGAACCGCCCAACUCGCAGCCAUCCUGCGCUACAGGAAGGCGCCGUGACCUCGCGGCCACGACGCCCGGUCAUGCCACCCGAACAGAUGACAUGGCGGCGACCCCGAAGGGCCGCCGUCGGUGCCCCAUCGCGGCGGCACCGUGCAUGCUACCCUCGACUUGUGCUUCGUGGCUUGCGCGUCAACACCUAAGCCGAGGGUAUUCCACGAUGACGAGCUCCCAACGCGCCGCCGCUGGGGGUAUCUUGGGUCGCCACCGCGUCAUGCUGAGGGGUUACCAGCUACCCCGCGGCGCUCAGGUUGUCGGUGUCAUCAUCCCCAGGGUAUAUGUCGAUGCUAGGGCAGACGUUAGAUGGGCGCGGGAAUGAGGGAUGGGCGACGCACUCUUUCUCUGUAUCCUCCUUUGUUUCUCCGUUGGCUUUUCUGUGUGCGAGAGAAGGUAAGCGGAGUGAAGAUCGAUAGACGCCGGCCACCC